AUGUCGCCCAAGGGAUUUGUGUUUGACUUCUCCGACAAAUGUAUCAUUGUAACAGGAGGAAAUCGAGGUAUCGGUUAUGCGUUCAGUAGGGCCAUGGCCCAGGCUGGCGCCAGGGUUGCAAUUAUCUACAGGAGCUCCAAGGAUGCGCCCGAAAUCGCAGAAAAGCUGAGCAAAGAGUUUGACGUAAAAAUCAAGGCUUACCAAUGUAACGUCUCUGAUGCUGAGAAGACUACCGAGACAUUCUCGACAAUCGAUAAGGAGCUAGGACCUGUUACUGGACUAAUCGCGAACGCCGGUGUCUCUGUGGUGAAGCCGGCUCUCGAAUUAAACAGUGAAGAUUUUCAACAAGUAUUCAAUGUGAACGUCCUUGGGGUGUUCAACAGUGCUCAGGCAGCUGCAAAGCUAUGGGUCCAUUCGAAGCGUGGCGGGUCUAUCGUGAUCACCUCCUCAAUGAGCUCACAAAUAAUCAACCAAGUGGCUCCGAAUAAAGCUCUGACUCAGGUUUUCUACAACUCCUCGAAAGGUGCAGUCUCUAAUCUAGCAAAAGGUCUCGCAGCAGAGUGGGCCCAAUACAAUAUUAGGGUCAACACCGUUUCCCCAGGAUACGUAAAUACGGACCAAACUGCGCACAUGGAUAAGAAAAUUCGCGAGCACCAGGCAUCUAAUUUACCACUAGGUCGUUUUGCAGAGCCUCACGAGAUGGCUGGUCAAGCCAUCCUUCUUCUCUCCGAUCAUGGCAGCUAUAUGACUGGCGCUGAAUACUUUGUCGAUGGUGGCCAGCUUGUUUGGUAA